ACUUUACCCUAAACCGCAACUGCUGACACUUUUGUGCUUUAAAACACUCGCUUGGAUAUACAACGAUUUUUUUAAAGCCCUUUUUUUUCAUUCAGGAUAUUCUAGAAAAAAAAACUUCUCAUUAAUAUGGGAAAAGAAAAUAUCUGUUUUUUGUCUGUUUGGAUAAUUUUGGGAAAAAUCUUUGCAACUUUUUCUUCUGAGCCUGAACUCACCACCACUGAGUUUGUAAACAGCACAGUGACCGAUGCUCCCCUGCCCACCACCACCGAGUGGAUCACAGACUUCACUGACAUUGUGACCAAGUUCUCCCUGCGCACUCAGGACAUCCCUGACGAGGACAUGUGUUACAUCGUGCCCGGCAGACCGGAGACCAUCAAAGAGUGUGAAUUCAACCCCGAGACCCAGACCUUCAUCAUGAUUCAUGGCUGGACGGUGACAGGCAUGUUUGAGAGCUGGGUGCCCAAACUGGUGUCUGCUCUGUACGAGCGAGAGCCCAGCGCCAACGUCAUCGUGGUGGACUGGCUGACCCGAGCCAACCAGCACUACCCGACCUCCGCCGCCUACACCAAGCUGGUGGGCCGCGACGUGGCCAAGUUCGUCUCCUGGAUCCAAAAAGAGCUGCAGCUGCCCUGGGAGAGGCUCCAUCUGCUGGGGUACAGUCUUGGAGCGCAUGUGGCGGGAAUUGCCGGAGACCUUACUGACCAUAGAAUCAGCAGAAUAACAGGUCUCGAUCCUGCAGGUCCCACCUUCGAGCAUGCAGACAAUCAGAACAUUUUGUCCAAAGGCGAUGCCCAGUUUGUGGACGUCCUGCACACCAACACCAGGGGGUCCCCGGACCGCAGCAUCGGCAUCCAGAGACCCGUGGGCCACAUCGACAUUUACCCCAACGGAGGCACUUUCCAGCCGGGCUGUGACAUCCAGAACACGCUGAUGGGCAUCGCACUGUCGGGCAUCAAGGGCCUCCAGAAUAUGGACCAGCUCGUCAAGUGUUCUCACGAGCGCUCCAUCCACCUGUUCAUCGACUCUCUGCUGAACACGCAGCAGCAGAGCAUGGCGUACCGCUGCAACUCCAGAGAGGCCUUCAACAAGGGCAUGUGCCUGAGCUGCAGGAAGAACCGCUGCAACAAGCUGGGCUACAACAUCAACAAGGUCCGCAUGACCCGCAGCGUCAAGAUGUUCCUCAAGACCCGCGACAUGAGUCCCUACAAAGUUUUCCACUAUCAAGUGAAGGUGCAUCUCUUCGGUAAGGACAUCAUGAGCUUCAACGAGCAGCCGAUGAAGAUCUCUCUGUUCGGCACCCACGGAGAGAAGGAGGACAUCCCCUUUGUCCUGCCGGUGCUGGACAGUAACACCACCCUGUCCUUCCUCAUCACCACCGAUGUGGACAUUGGAGACCUGAUGAUCGUGAAGCUGCGCUGGGAGAAGGAAUCCAUGAUCAGCUGGUCCGACUGGUGGGGCAGCAGCAAGUUCCACAUCAGGAAGAUGCGCAUCAAGGCCGGGGAGACGCAGUCCAAGGUGAUCUUCAGCUCAAAAGAUGGAGAGUUCGCCUUCCUCGUCAGAGGAGGAGAAGCUGGAGUCUUUGUGAAGUCAAGCGAAGACAAUAUGAGCCGUAAAGAGAAAUUGAUGCACAAGCUGAAGACGCAGGGCAGUCUUUUCGGGCAGAUUGACGCCUGAAAUUGCACUUGAACACAUCACGCACAUCAUUCUCUCCCUGUAGAUAUGGACAGCACAGAGCAACACUGGGAACGCCUUUGCAAUAACUGGACUUUUACUGGAUGCUGUGGUUUUUUUCGGACUUUCCCCCUUUUUCCCAGUGCAACCAGCAGAACCUCGUCCUCCGUGCUGGACAUCAAUCUGCUCUUUUUACUCUCUCUCUCUGCAUAAUCUGCUGCUCAAACAUGUUACAGUUCAUGAUGAUGUGCUCACAUAUGACAAAGUAACACUUUCAGUAGCUCUCAUAUCUUUGUAAUCAUCUGUUUAUGCUUUUGUAGCCCACAUGUACUGUUUAUAGUGAAUUUGAUGCAUAUUGAACCUGUGAAGUGGUGUGUUUGCCUUGCCUAUGUGAACUUGGAUUAUGGUUGGUUUAUAAAUGAUUCAGAGUGAUAGGCUUAAUCUAGGCACAAUUAUUUUUAAAUUGUCCCAAAUGUUUGUCUUUACCGAACCACUAAUCGCCAACAAUCAACAGGGACCAAAGAAGUAUUUACUAUCUACUGAGUGGAGAAUCACAGUGGUCUUUGUAAAUAUCGUUUUAAUCAGUAUAAUAUAUAUAUUUUAAUAUGAGUCAUGUGUUGAUAUCAGAUAUCGUGAAGCCUUGCUUGUUCAUUUGUUUUGGUUAUUGUGUCACUGGUCACUUUAAAAGGCUCCCCUGCAGCCAUGUAGACGGAAAGUCAUUGAGAUUGCGGUUGAAUGAGGAUAUGCAUUUUGUAGAUUAGGUUUUUUUUUCCGUUAUGAAAGAGGUCAAUUUGAAAUCCAGUGUUUGCUAUGUGCUUCCUAAUUACUUCCUGAAUGGGUCAACAGUUUACCUCAUUGACUGAGCUCCGCCUACAACAUGCCCUUAUUUUAAAAAGGUCAAACAUUACACAAUUACUGAAAAAUAAAUAUGCAAGCCAAGCUAAAUUGUGAUGGACUGGCCUACUUGUUAGCCAUAAUACAACUCAAGAUUAUUGUAUUUAUGGAAAUGUACAUUUAUAUAUUUGUAUAUUAAGCUGUAAUAUAUUUUUUGGCAGGCUUCUAUUGUCGGAUGUAUUUUUAUAAAUUAAGCGUUUUGUGAUUUUAUGCAAAAGGCUUUUGGAAGAUCGAUCAAAUUGGUCUCCAUGCCAGCUUUUCAGUGAACUUACUUUGAUAACCUGAAAUGUAGUGCACUGUAUAAAUAAAGUCACCAGGAUGGUUCAAUAAAAGAGAUACACCACA